AUGUCACUAAAAGCACAAAAGGAGCAAUUUGUAUCGAAUCUCUCCGGCGGCCUGACCCAAGAGAUUUAUGCUGUUACGGGAAUCGCACUUGCUGGUUUUUUCUCGCAUUCGUUGGUGAAAAAAUGGGCCCUUCCUUCCAUAGAAGUGCUUAAUGGGCAACCGGUUCACUUCUUGAUUGAAUUCUAUUUUGACGUGUUAUUGUUGCUUCAGUCCAUCACCAUCUUCAGUAAUCAGACGGGCAAGUUGUACCUCCAUGCAUUGUUACCGGGUAUUGCCGUUCUUAUUUACCAGGCAUGUACUACUAAUCAUAAAUCCAAGAAACCUCCGAAGAGUCAGAAACAAGUCCUGACUGAAUUGCUUCCUAAAAAGUCAUUCAUCACCGUAUACCGUGCGCAGAUGAUGAUCAUCACCAAUUUGGCCAUUUUGGCUGUGGAUUUUCACUCGUUUCCUAGAAGAUUCGCAAAAGUAGAAACCUGGGGAACCUCUCUUAUGGAUAUGGGUGUGGGGCUGUUUGUUUUUGCCAUGGGAUUGGCCAACUCCCGAUCUGUGAUCAAGAAAAAAACGGCUGCGACAAAGGACUCGCAGUCUUAUCUUCAGUUGAUUCGCCAAAAUACUGUCAAAGCGUUGCCUGUGUUGGCACUUGGAUUGAUCCGUUUGGUCUCAGUGAAAUCUCUCGAAUAUCAGGAACAUGAAUCCGAGUAUGGAAUACACUGGAACUUUUUCAUGACUCUUGGCUUGUUGCCUAUUGUCUUAGGUAUCCUCGAUCCUAUUCUCAACUACGUGCCACGGUUCUUCGUUGCAUUGGCAAUUGGGGUGAUAUACGAAGCCGUUCUUCAGAGCACAUCGCUCACGAAAUUUAUUCUCGAUCCUUCCAAUAGAAGAGAGAACUUAUUAACCAUGAACAAGGAGGGUGUAUUCUCCUUCAUCGGAUACUUGAGCAUAUUCAUCUUUGGUCAGAGUUUCGGUUCCUUCGUGUUGACACUGCGCAAGACACCCAAUAACCUCUUGGGUACCUAUUCUGGAGUGAAGCCUCAUAAGUGGUUGACGGUAUCCCCUACUCGUGGACUUGUUAUUUCGAGUGUUGUGUCAUUCUCCAUCUUUUUCUUUGUUAAAGAAUCUAGGGCCACAGGAAGUGUGUCGCGGCGUAUUGCAAACCUUCCAUAUGUGAUGUGGACAGUGAGCUACAAUUCUGCUUUUCUUUUAGGAUAUGACUUGAUCGAACAAAUGGUGGGACCCAUUCUGUCUUCUAUUCUAGAGGGGAUCAACAAUAAUGGUUUGGCUCUCUUCCUUGUGGCUAACUUAUCUACUGGGCUUGUCAAUAUGUCCAUAAACACCUUGAAGGUAAGCAGUGGCAUGUCUUACGUGAUUCUUAUUGCUUAUGCCCUCACAUGGACAGCGUUGGCCAUUUGGUUGGAUAAGAAAGGUAUCUACAUAAAGCUUUAG